AUGACGGUCAUGCAGAUUUGUUCCGCGACCGGCUGUGAUGUGAUAGGACUUCAGGAGACCCGACGAGCGGGGCAAGGUUCAAUUGCACACGACGGGUACGUGAUCAUUUGGAGUGGCGCCCGUGCUGGCACCAAGGACAAGAGGGGCGUACACGGUGUGGGCAUAGCGAUCAAGGAGGCCAUGUGGGAGAGUGUGGGCGAGGAAGGUAGGACGGUGGAGUGCAUUAGCCCGAGGCUGAUGAAGGUGCGCAUGCAAAUUGGCCACACCUGCGUAGUAACUUUCGUGGUGGGGUACGCCCCCACGGAAACUGUCCGCACCACCGCGGGCGGUAAUGUUAAAGCCAAGGACUCCUUCUGGACUGCUCUCGACGCAGCGAUCCGGGAGGUUCACAGCCGUGUCCAUCUCGUGGUGCUAAUGGACGCCGACGCACGCAUUGGUAGGAGGCGGGACGGGUGCUGCGAUGUCAAGAUUAUGGGCGCGUACGGACGCGACAUUAUGAACAACAAUGCGGAGCGAGUCCUUGGACUGGCAUCAGACAACCAACUCUCCUUGACCAACACCUACUUCCGGACACCGAAAGGUGGAGUGCAGCACACAUUCCAGAGCUCCAACAAGGGGAAGGAGAAGUACCGCCUCGACUUCAUCCUCAUGCGUCAGACGGACCGGCGUUUCGUGCGCUGGUACAUGAGCGAAGCACAGCACGAGAUCUCCGAAGCGUCUAAAGAGAUUAAGGCGGCCCAGCAGCAACUGCGUGGGGCCUCAAAGAACAGCGCCUUCGAGGCGACCCUGAAGGCGAUGCUCAAGGCGGCGCGGAAGAAGCGCAGCAUCGCGAGGUGGAGAGCACUGGAAACGUUCUUCGAGGGCUAUGUACGGCAGCUCGAGAAGAAGAGCCGCGAGGGGGAUCAGGCGGGUUUCUACAGGCACCUGAAGAUGAUCGACGUCGAAGGUAAGAGGUCGUUCACCUCUCAGAACAUCAAGGACGAGGACGGCAAGGUCCUUCGGGACCCCACGUUUAUUCGCCAACGGUGGGCACGGUGGUUCCACAAGCUUCUCAACACCAAGUCGCCGACCAUCGACCUGCAUGCGGCUGACAAGGUCAAGCGGUGGCCCACGUGCGUGCCACUCGACCACAUCCCAUCUCUACUGGAGGUUGAGGAAGCGGUACGGGAAAUGGUCAACAGUAAGACCGUCGGGCCGGACGACCUACCGGCUGAGCUGAUCAAGCUUUUCCUGGACGGAGGUCAAGGUCUCCUCCGCGAAUUCCACGCCACUGUCGUGGACGUGUGGCAGGCUGGGGACGUACCACAGCAGUGA